AUGUCUACGCUUGGCGCACAAAUCUCUACCAUUAACGGUCCUCUGGAAGUCGGGACACUGGCCAGCGCCAUUCUCCUUGGACUAACACACGUCCCUUGCAGUGUGGUUGAUAUCCUCUACUUCUUCUGCAAUGCAUGGUCGCUUUGGAUGUUGACUAUCAUGUUCACACUCGUACGGCCCCAACUCAAUGCAGUUGUCAUUUUGACAGCAACAUUGAACAUCCUCAUACAGCCUCUGAGAGAUAUGAUCUUUGAGGGGUUUUACGCAUAUCGCCUUUGGAGACUGUCCCAUUCCCUCGUGCUUCCUGCCAUCAUUGCAAUCACUACAGCCACAUCCACAGCAUUGAAUCUCUACACAGCCUACGGGUCGUUGGUGUAUGGAUCACUAUCGUCUGGGGACGAGUGGCACGGUGGCAUCUGGACAAUCAUGGUUAUUGACGGAUGUGACAUAGCCGGCUCGUUGUUCAUCACCGGUGGCACCGCUUGGUACCUGCGCAGGUCAAAGACGUGGGCGCUUCGUGGUACUGCAAGACGGAUUGAUAAGCUGAUUAUGUGGACGUUCGAGAUUGGCCUGCCGCCAAGUAUUUGUCGCAUCGCUGAGCUAGUAUUUGUUCUCGGUUAUAGGCAAACCGAGGCUCUGUGGCUAGGUCCAUUUACCAUUGUUGGUGGCGUUCAAGCUAACUGUCUCCUCGCUGCGAUAAACACACGUAUGAUGUGGUGCAAAGAUACUACUCGCAUACAUAUCUUCCCAACAAAUGCUACCUCAGAACUUCCUUUGGCCGAGGUAAGAUAUUCACGCUGGAUUUACUAA